GCAACUGCAGUCUCUGGGCCUCACCAGCUUCAGCACCGGCGCGCCUGCCGCUCUCGCCGAGUUCCGCGCAUCACCGCGCACCUGCCACUGCCGCUCUGCGCCCACCGACGCCGCCGGCUCUGCUGCCUUCCCGCUUCUGCCCCAGAGGAGUUCGCAGCCUGUCCGGAGCCUCAGCACCUGCGAGCAGAUGGAGCUGGACCAUAUGACGACCGGUGGCCUCCAUGCCUACCCUGCCCAGCGGGGCGGGCCGGCAGCCAAGCCCAAUGUGAUCCUGCAGAUCGGUAAGUGCCGAGCCGAGAUGCUGGAGCAUGUGCGGAGGACCCACCGGCACCUGCUGACCGAAGUGUCCAAGCAGGUGGAGCGAGAGCUGAAAGGGUUGCACAGGUCGGUGGGCAAGCUGGAGAACAACUUGGACGGCUAUGUGCCCACCAGUGACUCACAGCGCUGGAAGAAGUCCAUCAAGGCCUGUCUGUGCCGCUGCCAGGAGACCAUCGCCAACCUGGAGCGCUGGGUCAAGCGUGAGAUGCACGUGUGGAGGGAGGUCUUCUACCGCCUGGAGAGGUGGGCUGACCGCCUGGAGUCCAUGGGCGGCAAGUACCCAGUGGGCAACGAGCCGGCUCGCCACACUGUCUCUGUAGGUGUGGGGGGUCCAGAGCCCUACUGCCAGGAAGCCGAUGGCUACGACUACACCGUCAGCCCCUAUGCCAUCACCCCACCACCUGCCGGAGAGCUGCCUGAUCAGGAGUCAGUUGAGGCCCAGCAAUACCAGUCUUGGGGGUCAGGUGAGGAUGGGCAACCAAGCCCUGGUGUGGAUACACAGAUCUUCGAGGACCCACGGGAGUUCCUGAGCCACCUGGAAGAGUACCUGCGGCAGGUGGGCGGCUCUGAAGAGUAUUGGCUGUCCCAGAUCCAGAACCACAUGAACGGGCCGGCCAAGAAGUGGUGGGAGUUCAAGCAGGGCUCCGUGAAGAACUGGGUGGAGUUCAAGAAGGAGUUUCUGCAGUACAGCGAGGGCACGCUCUCCCGUGAAGCCAUCCAGCGGGAGCUGGACCUGCCGCAGAAGCAGGGGGAGCCACUGGACCAGUUCCUCUGGCGCAAGCGGGACCUGUACCAGACGCUGUACGUGGACGCCGAAGAGGAGGAGAUCAUCCAGUAUGUGGUGGGCACCCUGCAGCCCAAGCUCAAGCGCUUCCUACGCCACCCACUGCCCAAGACUCUGGAGCAGCUCAUCCAGAGGGGCAUGGAAGUGCAGGACGGCCUGGAGCAGGCGGCUGAGCCUUCUGGCACCCCACUGCCCACAGAAGAUGAGACCGAGGCCCUCACACCUGCCCUUACCAGCGAGUCAGUAGCCAGUGACAGGACCCAACCUGAAUAGAGGGGCCAGCCCAGGGUCCCCAGCCUGCCUGCCACACCCAGCCUGUGGCCUUUGCCAACUAGGACUUGAGCUGGGGCUGACUCCCAAAGGGGUGCCCUGUCCAGCCAGACAUCUACUCACCCCCUGGCCUGACCUGACUCACAGACAACUGCCACACAACCAUGCUACGUGGACGACAUCAAGAAGCCCCUCUCCCGCAGGGCUCCCACCUGCCACCCACCCCUCACCAGUUUGCCCUGGCCCCAGUCCCACUGGCCUUACCUUCUACACUCUCAGACCAUCACUCAUUCUGCUCCAGUGCCCGAGUCCUCUGGGUAAUCGGGAAACAAGUGUCUGGAAGGCAAAGAGCAGCAGGCACCACACCCCAGGGGCAUCCCAGGGCAGAAGCUAAGGAAGAACCAUUGCCGAGAGAACCUCGACUUCAGGGAAAGCAGCCCGCUCCUGCAGACACCGUAGAUCCAGCUGGUGCCCUAGCUGCCUCCCAGGGCAGCUGGCCAGCCUUGGGCAGCAUAGCUCCCCUCCCAGGGGUGAGCUAAACCCACAAAUGCAGCUGAAACAGCAGACCUGACAU